CGAAGAUAUAUGUAUAGUGAAUUUGAGAAGCGGAGGAAAUAUCUACCAGUCCACUGUACUAGAACGCCACAAAAUGUAACCCGCUUUGCAAGAACGUCAUUGUAUGAGACACUUCGCCCCGUGGGCGACCGUAUUGGCACUAGUCGUCGCAACAAUGGUGUUAGCAGCUUUUUCACGGCGCUGCAACCCAAUAGCCUUGUCCGACACGGCUGUUUUAGUGGAGCUACCGGCAGAACUGGGCCCUGCACGAUGAUCGCGGGUAUCUAGAAGAACGUGUCACCUGCGGAUUCUGGCCUCGACCGCUUAUCUGUACGACGUUACGAGAAGAUGUCAGCUUGCCAUUAGCAACCAUCCCAAUUGAACAAUCUUAUCGAUUCACAGGCAGACAGAUUGGGAGCAACGAAAGAAAUAGAAAGAAAACUUACAGCGUUGACUGCAGUGCGGUACGUAAUUGUCGACGCGUAAGGGCGGCUAAUACAAAACAAUGAUCAUGAAAUUGAGGACGCGUUAAGGCCGCAGAUAUACGUACCGGACGUGAAAUUGCAUCUCUGUAGUAG